CAACAUUGGAGAAAACAUAUAAAUCUUGGAACCCUUCUUAACUGGUUUGUUUCUGGGUUUUUGCUUCAGCCGCAAGGAGUGACUGACUAUUCACACCACACACAAACAUUCAUACCCUUUCAAAUGCAACAACCUGAAUCAUCUUCUUCCCUUGUUCCUCUUCCAACGACGCCACAACCAAAGGACUACACCUGUUUUAAUGCCAUGGAGUUACCUAAUUCUGAAAUACAACCCCAUAAGCAUGUGAAAAGGAAAUCUUCUGUAUGGGAACACUUCACUGUGGAGAACACUGACGAACCAGGAUGUGUCAGGGCCCGCUGUAAAGGUUGCCAAAAAUUGUUUGCUUAUAUAAAUGGUUCUAAACAAUCUGGCACUAGCCAUCUCCGUAGGCACGUUUUAAUAUGUUCGAAAAAUCCACAGGCCAAGCAUUCCAAAACUGGUGUUGAUCCACAUAAGAAGCGAGCUAGAGCAAAAUCUUCAAAAACUGGUGUUGAUCAACAUAAGAGGCAAGAUAGAGUAAAACCUUACUUUACUUCUAUCUCAUAUUCUCAGGAGCGUUGCAAUGAUAAAAUUGCCAAAAUGAUUAUUUUGCACGAUUAUCCACUUCAUAUUGUGGAACACAAAGGUUUCAAUGAUUUUGCGCGGGCACUUCAACCGCAGUUCAAUCCACUGAGCUUAAACACUGUCCAAGGGGAUUGUAUUGCCAUUUACCUCAGAGAGAAGCAAAACCUUUUGAAUCUUGUUGACAGGAUUCCUGGACGAGUCAACCUUACCUUGGACUUGUGGACUUCAAAUCAGACAACGGGCUAUGUUUUUCUUCGUGGGCACUUCAUCGAUGGUGAUUGGAACUUCCAUCAUCCCAUUCUUAAUGUUUUUGCCGUACCAUAUCCUGAUUUGGAUGGUUCCUUGAAUCAAACUAUAGUGACAUGCCUAAAGAGUUGGCAUUUAAAGGGUCGCCUGUUUUGCGUUCUAUUUGAUAAACUCUUUUCCAAUGAGACUUUGAUGGGAAAUGUGAGGGAUCUCCUCUCUCUUAAGAACCCUGUGAUCCUCAAUGGUCAAUUAUUAAGACAGAGUUGUUAUGCUCGUGUGCUCAGUUGCCUUGCAUUAGAUACUCUUUGGGCAAUGCAAGAAACUAUUGCUAAAGUUCGAAAAAGUGUGCAAUAUGUGAAAUCAUCAAAAUUGGUUGAAGAGAGAUUUUUGGAGCUUAAGCAAGUACUUCAAGUUCCUAGUAAGAUGGAUCUGUUGAUUGAUGACAACAAUAAAUGGGACACAGUCUACAGUAUGCUUGUUGCUGCCUGUGAACUCAAGGAAGUUUUUACCUGUUUUGAUGCCUAUGAUUCCUAUUACACGAUGUCCCUUACCAUGGAUGAUUGGAAGCAGAUUGAAAAUCUCUGUGCAUGUUUGAAGUUUUUGUAUGAUGCUGCUAAAUUUUUAACCAUCCAACCGUACUCAACUGCAAACUUGUUUUUCCUCGAAGUGUCCAAACUUAAGAUGCAGUUGACUGAGGCGAGCCAGGAUCCUUUCUGUUGUAGUUUAAUUACGUCCUUGCAAGAAAAGUUUGAUCAGUAUUGGAGAGAAAGCUGCUUCAUCUUAGCAAUUGCUGUAGCCAUGGAUCCAAGGUAUAAAAUGAACCUUGUGGAAUCUACUUUUGCUAAGAUAUUUGGUGAGAAUGCUGAGCAAUUGAUAAGAGCUGUUGAGGAUGGUCUUCAGGAACUGUUCCUCGAAUAUAGUAUCAUGCAAGUGCUUCCUUUUACCGAAACAAAUUUUGAUGUUGGGUGUGAGACUAUGAUGAAGACUGAGGCAUUUCAAGAAGUAUCACUUGAUGAGUCCUUUUUUCCUCCUGAAGAUGGUAUUUCUGAUAUUCAAUUCUAUAUAUCUGACUUUACUACUAACCAACAAUAUAAGUCAGAAUUGAAUGUGUAUCUGGAAGAGCCCCUAGAGUCAAGUGCACAAGAAUUUGAUAUUCUGAGCUGGUGGAGAAUUAAUGGAUUGAAGUACCCGACAUUGUCCAGAAUGGCAUCUGAUAUUCUGUCUAUGCCGGUAUCCACUCUCUCAGCAGAUUCUAUUUUUGACACAGAAAUUAGGAAAAUGGAUAACUACCGUAGUUUGUUAGACUCUGUGACUCUUGAGGCCCUUAUUUGUACUAAGGAUUGGUUCCAUUGUGGAUCAACACCUAUUGAUGUUUCAUGUGCGCUUGUGAAAAUGGAGUAUUAGAUGAUACAGUUUUUCUCAUUUUCGGGUCUAUAGCUUUUAGGUAUUGAAAUUUUGAAACUGAUGAUCAAGGUAAACUAAUUUUGUGAUCAACUAAUACUUUUUACUGUUUAUAAUAUACUCUGGUGGUUCUAUUUUCAUUAUUUUGGCUAAAGCCUUUUUGUAAUCGACAUUGAUGUUAUACAAAAUAUUACUCUUUUCGAUCUA